AUGUUAGAGGUAGAGGAUUUAGUAGCAAUCAAUGAUACUCUGCAGAGACCGAGAGGAAAACAGACAACUAGUACAACACUUCACAAAUGUGAUGUUUGUGCUAAAGAAUUUAGUCUAGGUAGUGACUUAAAGAGACAUGUGAGAACACAUACUGGUAAAAAACCUCAUAAAUGUGAUGUUUGUGCUAGAGAAUUUUCCCAUGGUAGUUUCCUAACUAGACACAUGCUAGUACAUACUGGAGAUAAACCUCAUGACUGUGAUGUAUGUGGUAAAAGGUUUGGUCAGCAAAGUAAUUUACAGACACACAUGAGAACACAUACAGGUGAUAAACCUUAUCAAUGCAAUGACUGUGAUAAAGGGUUUAAUCAUCCUAGUAAUUUACAACGUCACAUGAGAACACAUACAGCUUAUAAACCUCAUAACUGUGAUGUAUGUGGUAAAGGGUUUAGUCAGCUUGGGAAUUUACAGACUCACAUGAGAACACAUACACUUGAUAAACCUUAUAACUGUGAUGUAUGUGGUUAUAAACCUAAUGACUGUGAUGUAUGUGGUAAACGGUUUAGUCGGCUUGGGAAUUUAAACACUCACAUGAGAACACAUACAGGUGAUAAACCUUACGAUUGUGAUGUGUGUGGCAUAGGGUUUAGUCACGGUAGUGACUUUAAGAGACACAUGAGAACACAUACUGGUGAUAAACCCCAGAACUCACAGAGAGACAUGUGA